AUGGGUAACAAUGACUCACCACGUCCUUCUUCGAUCUCUUUGGUUGAUACCCCAGAUGGACCUUACAUUUACGGUACAGGGGCGCCUUUUGAUUUCUUUACCUUUGAUCCAGUAAAUGCCCCCGCUGUUGUAACGACAAAUCUAGGUGCUUGGCCCAAGCGCUAUUGGCCGGAGUAUCUCGAAGAUCUACCAGCACCCAUUGAAUAUCAAAAUAUGGAACUAAUGGCAAUUAAGCUUGCCAUAUAUUUUGUAACCCAGAAUGACCCCACUAUUGUGAGUGGCAUACCACGACCGAUGUCACCAUAUGACCUCUACAUAGGGUUUGAUGCGGUUCACAUCUAUCAAUAUGGACUGGAUUUCUGUUAUAAGGUCUUGUGUCACAUCAGUCGACUUGGAAAAAAGAUCAAAAGGCUAGUUUUGCAAGAGAAAGAUACCAACACACCUAACUGGGCAAUAAAACGUAACAGCUACUUUGCUCAGCAAUCAAGGGUUGAUGAUAAUGUCGAUGAGUUUGUGAGGACAAAUGGAGCUCAUGAAGCAUUAAGGAGGAUUUUAGCAGCUGAUUGUAAUCUUUUAAGCCAGCUGGUUAAAUAUUAUCGAGAAUUCCACCUUGAUGGCACAACAGUCUCCUCUGAAACUCAACUUUUCGAGGAUGUCGUCCAAUCUUAUACUAAUUCAGAAGACAACGGAAGACUAGACCUAGAGCAGAACGAAGAUGAUGAGAUAUCGCUCCAAUCAUAUGAUAACGAAACCAGCUCAUUUGGAUACUCAAUGGAUGAAACGUACAGUCUAGAUCUAAUUAUGCCUUAUACUAGAAAUUUUAGAUCGAAAAUUCCAGUCUUGGUCUGUCGAAGGAAGGUAAUUCCCGGGCUCAAUAAUACCUGUGGGAAUGCUCAAUCUUCAAACGCGGAUGUAGGCAAAUAUAACAUGAAAGCCUUACCAUCUAAAAUUCCUGGGCCAAUCAAAUUAUCAUCGAAAUCACGGAUGCAAAAGCCAUCACGGAUGCCAUCACGAAUGCCAUUCAACAGCCGUGAUAAUAGAUUUGUAUACAUUGCGCGUUUAAGAUCAGUCGAUCUUAUGUCAGGUAAAUCAAAGAUACCGAUAUUAUCAUCGAGAUACCUUUCGACUUAA